GAAUUUGAGAAUAUUCUAGAAUGGCCAUGUCACUUUUCGGAUUGGGCCUUUGAUAGAUGACUAGGUACGAGUAGUUCUAGUCAGAUGUUUCCACCGUUCAAUGUCCUAAGACAGCAUAGUUUUCCGUUAUAAAUCAUUGCACUCUCUUCAAUAAUCAUUCCUCGCAAUGCCCGCUACACAUCCCGGUUACCAUUGUCUCCAACUGUAUGCCUCGCAUACAUCUCAUCGCUCCCUUAAGCCAGCCGUCAGGAGUCCCAAAGAAACUAUGAUGUGUAGAAACGAGCACUCCGAAGAUUCAAAUCCUCCUCAUAUAAAACGCGAAAACACAGAUACAAUCCGCAAUCGUCUCCAAACCCUCGCUAUCCCCUCCUAUCUAGCAGAAGAUGUUACAGCGGAAGAUUCGGAUACGUCAGAUCAUGGGGAAGAAUCAGAGCUUGUCAUAAAAUGGGGUAAGGACAUGGCCAAAAUCUGCGAGGUCAAUCAUCGUGGGCUCUAUUUGCUUCUCAUGUCAUUUUAUCAUCAAAUCGAUCACAACCGUCGGCUCCUAAAACUAUCCGAUGAUUGUACCGUCUCUGAUGUUCAGGAAUUGCAGCCUUUUCUCCGAGGCCUUCCCAAGUGCGGGGCGUUAACAUCUAAAGCUAUGGUAUCAUAUCUUGAACAAAAUCAUCCUGAGCCAGUUUUUCGAUUGGUUAAGUGGAUGCAGAUGACGUUCGGGCACAGUUACUUUCCUCCACCCGAAUUUUUAAAAGUCUCUGGCUUUUCAGACAAUAUAUGGCAAUUUACCGUCCUUUAUCCACCAGCACGAAUCCGAGAUCGGUUUAAUGCGGCUGUCAUUCGAAACAACGGACAGACGUCAGUACGAUGGCACGGCACUGCAAUCAACACACUUCACUCUAUCCUUCAAAAUGGUUUUCUUACCGACAGAAUCUGGACUGCUGGAAAACCAGCAGUGUCAUGGCGAUAUGCUUUCAAACAGGGGGCUCGCGACGCACUUGCAGCUGUCCGCCAUCCAUUAUAUGACUACGGCAUAUUACUAGGUCUGGAAGUAGCCGACCAGCCAGUUUCUAGAAUUGUUACUUAUCCACUAGCCGAUUCCGACAAAUUGAUCGUGAGGUAUGUAUUCGUAUUACCUCCAAAUACGCUAAAGCCUCAGGCUGCAGCCUCGAGACAUAUAGCGUUAUCGAUGGAGGCGGCAUUCAGGGAAUGGCCUAGUGAGGUGAAGCAUUGGGACAUGAGGAGUUAGAUUUGUAGGGUCAGAAGAUUACUUAACAGUUCUCAUACCUCUUCAUUACCAUCCGCGCACUUUGGAUAGGGGGAAGUUCUCAUUAUUUUGUGGUUUAGCUAUCAGGGUAAACAGUUACAUUUAUCCCAACUUACACACAAAUUCUGGGGUCGUUUGAAUCUUUGCAGUAUCAUGUCAGUCCAGAUUAAUUUCCAUCUAAGUACUUGGACAUUGGUUUCA